AUGGAACAAGUCGAAACGGCUGGUGGUUCAGAAGCAAUUUUCGAACUGAUCAAUAUUAUACGACAAGAUCCGAGUAUUUGGGAUCGAACAUCCACUACAUACAUUACUCAUUUCGAUUUAAAAAUUCAUCGAUUUGCCGAAAUUGCAGAACAGCUCAAUUUGGAAGCUGUAACAGCUGAAGUCGUGGCAUCAGCAUGGCGCGAAUUAAGCGAAAAAUAUCGUCGACGAUUGUAUGAUGGUAAACGUCGAAAUGGUGCAACAAAUUGGCCAUAUUUCGAAGCAAUGAGCUUUUUACGAGAUCAAUAUGAACAGACCAAAUGGUAUCGACCAUUAGCGGUAGCACGAGCCAAUCACUUACCGUCAUCAUCAAAUGUUGCACAUCUGGUGGAUACAUUCUUAACUGCACAAGCUGUCCUUGAUGCUGAGCAAACAAUCUCAAAAGCUGUUGAGCCAAUGCUUCCCAUUACUUUGUCAGAUUCUCUACAGCAAAAAGGAGAUGCAGUAUUAGCUAUACCGCUUGGAACUAGUGAUGAACGAAAAACUGAAUUCACAGCGAAAUACGAAUUGGUUGAACCCACGUUUCAUCCCUUCACAACCACUGAUCAAAAUGAAUUGAGUGGAAAUUAUACAAGAACUGCUUACAGCGUUGAUAUAGAUAACAUCGCCAUAGCUUCUGCUGCUGAUAGUACGAAAUCACCGGAAAAUUAUGAUGACAAGCAAUCAGCAUCACCAGCGGCAUCCGUUGAUGGCUUACCGCAGAGCAGUAGCAAUAGCACUGCGGAUCAACCAACACCUGUUCUUAAGACACGGAUACGAACACAGCGCUACGAAGCAUACAGAAAUCCUCGUCGAAUAUGGAAACAGCAAAAGCAAUCACAAAAUUCUGGCACCAUUAAUAAUACGUUUUCUGCUAUUCCAACGGGCGAGACAGUUGCAGAGAUUUUGCGAUCUGUACGAGUUAACCCUGAUGGAUUAUCAUCAUAUAGCUUAAAUCCGAAUCCUCAUUAUCAUUUGCAACAGCAGCAACAUUUCUCACCUCCUGCAUUAUGCGAUAGUUCUUCAAGAUGGGAGAAUGUUGGUCGGGUAUGGGUAGAUAUGAUGAAAACGAUACGAUCACCUCAGCUAGCACUAGCAGCACACAAAUAUAUUAUGAAUACGUUGUUUUCCGUUUUGGAAGCUGAUCAGCAACUUGCUGGUACCGAUCCGAAUGCGACUCGUAUCCGAAUUAAAGAUAGUGCUCCGCAAAUCGAAAUUACCAUGCAUCAGUGA